AUGCCGUGGUACUCCAUCCUCCCACCGGAACUGGUCUACCUGGAAGUAUGGGCAGCUAAGCUAUUCUCCGCCCUCGCUCUCCUUAGCAUAACGCCCUGCCUCGCUCUAAUCAUCUUCGAUAUCGUCUUGUACACGUACCGGGUUAUUCUGUACGAGAUUCCUGUUGUCGGGGGGAGGUCGAGGGGGACGCGCAGGCUGCGCGCACCGAGUUUAUCGGAGAGGCCGGAUGGGAGGAGGGCGUUUAGUUUUACGGGUUUUGGUGGUGGAUCUGGAUCUGGAUGUCAGCCUCGGUCUACAUCUGGUGGAUCAGGGCUUGAUCAGAAGGGAGAGUGA